AAGUGCAAACUAUUCUAGUUAGGCUUGCAUAUCAUUGCAUAUUCUUGUGUUUGGGCUUGGUUUAAAUUGGUAUAAAUAAAAAUGGAUAAAGAAGAAAUGCUCAUUUGAUGAAGUGAACCCGCCAAGUGAAUUUUACUUCCGCAGUGCAAAAUGACGAGUGAAAUUAUAAGUUUUUACAAGGAUAAAACGGUGUUUAUGACCGGAGGCACAGGAUUACUCGGCAAAGUGGUCGUAGAAAAGCUAUUGCGGGCAACGGAUGUGAAACGUAUAUAUUUCCUGGUCAGAACCAAGCGGGGUGAGAAAAUGGAAGCACGAUUUGAGUCCUGGAAAAAGGAUCAGGUGUUUGAAGUGCUACUAAACAAAAAGCCACUGGUCCUGGAAAAGAUGACUCCGAUUUCGGGUGACUGCUGUGCCCCGGACUUGGGCAUCAGCGAUGCGGAUCGAAGGAUACUGGCCGCGGAGGUGCAGGUGCUCAUACAUGGAGCCGCUUCGGUUCGAUUCGAGGAGCCACUCGAGCAGGCAGUGGUCAUCAACACCAGGGCAAUGCGACUGCUCGAGUCCUUCGUCCACGUCUCGACAACGUUCUCCAAUUGUGUGGUGCAUCAAAUCCAGGAGCGUUUCUAUCCGGAACACCUGACCUGUCCCGUUGACAAGGUGCUCGACCUGCAAAAUUCGGUCAGCUCAGAAACGUUCGAAAAGAUGGCACCAGCCUUGAUUGGAAAAUUCCCAAACACAUAUACCUACACCAAGGCACUGGGCGAGCAGGUGAUCCAGGAGGAGGCGAAGGGUUUGCCCGUAGGCAUCUUUCGACCGGCGAUCAGUAAGUAAUUGUUUCGGUGAUAAGAGAUUGGGAAGAAGGAUAUUAUCCUUUUUUAUAGAUGUUAUCAUGUUUAAUUUACAUCCUAAUACUUAAAAUCCCUCAACCCAAAUUGUUAGUUCGUGAACUACUACGCAUAAACUGCGAAUGCCAACAUGAAAUCGAUUACUUUUAGAACGAUAUUUUGGCGCAAGUUUAAAUAUUUGAAUUUAAUCAAGCUGUGUGCCAUUAAAAUAAAAAAAU